UUCCAUUGUUUGUACAUUGAAAUAUAUUUAUAUCGUAAAUAUUAUAUUUAAAAGCUAACACAUACUGCAGAACCUUUAAAUAUGUUUUAACCGCCGAAUAGGAAAGACUUAUUCAAGUAAGAAAAUCACUACAAAAAUGACUUCAAGUUACUUAAUAUUCUGCUUAUUAGUUAUAUAUAUGUGUCAUAUUCAAGAACGAAAUGUUGAAGCUCAAGAAGUUCAUACAGCUUUAGGACAAGAAUGUCAAAUGACACCAGUAAUUCAUGUAUUACAACAUCCGGGAUGUGUGCCCAAAGCAAUACCGUCAUUUGCAUGUAUCGGAAAAUGUUCAAGCUAUGUACAGGUAUCUGGAAGCAAGAUUUGGCAAAUGGAAAGAACUUGCAAUUGCUGUCAGGAAUCAGGCGAGAGAGAAGCUACUGUUGUUUUAUUUUGUCCUAAAGCAAAGAGUGAAGACAAACGAUUUCGAAAGGUGACAACCAAAGCUCCCCUUGAAUGCAUGUGCAGACCUUGCGGAAGUAUCGAAGAGAGUGCUAUCGUGCCCCAAGAAAUGGCUGGUUAUUCGGAGGAUAGCCUUCUUAAAAAUCAAUUCAGAACAAAAUUUUAAAAUUAUUAGUAUCUACUGAACGUCUUCAAUUGUUGCAUAAUAUGAUUUGAAAUAUUUUAAAUUGUUACACAAAUUUAAUCAA